UCGGCCGAGCGGCUGCAGCGCUGCGUCUCGUUUGACCUUUGCACGACGUUGCUCCAUUUCACGGUGAAAAGCAAACAGGAACGCAGCCGGUCGCAGGAAAACGAUAUGAGAUUCAACGGUCGGAGGGCGAAGCUGCUGAAGAUCCAGGGACCGACACAGGCCGGGGAGCAGAGCUUCAUCUCGUGUCUGCCUCCUUUCUGCUGUAAACAUUCUGACUCAUAUACAGGAUGCUAGCGCUGGCUCCACCUUCCACUUGUUACUGACCUCAGUCCCUAUCACUCAACCUUGCCACCUAGUGGAGCUCCGUGGGCUCAUCUUCCUCUGGUCGACCUAAAUCACCCAGGCAACUGCCUCCCUCAUCUGGGGAGAAGCUUUCUGUGCAACGUGUACCUCAAACGCAACAUUAAUCAGCUUCAGCCGCUGACGCCCCCCUUUCCCUCAAAGACUUGUGCGGGAUCUUCCAGAAAGAACGCUGUUCCCUGGAUGAAACGUGUGCAGGAAACUCCCAUGACCCAUGGUUUCAUGUUGGAACUAAUGGUGCAGCAGAGCAGGACACAACAGGAAGCUGACUGAGCCACGCAGAGGGAGCCGCUGCCCAAAGGAGCCAGAUGGCAACAUCUGCAGAACCUCUAAACAGCACAUUCUCACCAACAACAGCGCUCAAUGACACUUUAACAGGCCCGAAAACGUACGGCAGCCACAGCUGGGAGUUCCUGCUGGCUGUCCUGGUCACGGCCGUCUCCGUCUCCGUCAUCAUCGCGCUCCUGGCGAAAUGUCAGGUGAUUCAGCGCUACCUGGCGAGCUACAGGCACACCCGGCUGAGGGAGUCCGACACGGCCAGCCAGUGCGACUCAUCCGUCAUGGACGUGGAAUUCGCCGCGCGCGGCGCCGUGAGCGAGGAGGACGACGACGGCUUCAUCGAGGACAACUACAUCCCAGCCAGCGAGAGAGCGCGAGCUGAGAGGGCAGCGCAGAGGAUGCAGGAGGAGGAGGACUCUGAGGAAGAGGACGACACUGUGUUCACCAUCGCCUAGCAGGCUGCCUCGCGUCCCGGCCGCUCCACUCCCACCUUGUCUUUCUUAGUUUUCUGUCGCUUUUUUAUGAAUGAAGUGUAAAUAAGACGCUCACGUACUUGGAUAAAAUACCGGUACGGGAAGCAAAACAUCACAAAUGAGGGCAACACAGAUUCCGUUAACACAAAGGGCAUUAUUUUACCUACAAAAGGCACCAAGACACAUGAUCACAGCCUAUUCUCAGCGUGACGAGCACAGGGGUAAAAAAAGCCCAGGUUCCACAUUUUCCACAGUAACCACUCUGUUUAUAGCUGAGCUGCGACUGUAAAAGCAGCUCAAGUCCUGAAAAUCAUCUCCAGCCUGUUCCCGUGCACCAGGUGCACCAGGCUCACCUGGUGGGUGUGGUUCUGUCAGUUGUCAGUGACACGUCUACAGUAAACGCUGUAGGGUUUAUGACUGAGGAAACAAUGUAUUGUGUCACUAUUUCAAACAAACACACAUACACACUUUAUUAGAUACAACUGUCUGAACAGCUUCAGCUUCAGAUUGGAUUAGACUGUGCACGUGUACCUAAUAAAGUGGCCAGUGGGUGUAGACAGGGAGCUAAGCCAUGAAAGGGUUGACAAGGUCAACUCGUGUCCAUUCGCUUUUAGACUCAUGAAUCGCUUUUAGAGUCAUGAAUCGCUUCCUGUCUGCAGUGUAUUUAAAUAAAUGUCUGUGAAACGUUGUGUAACACUAUCAGUUAAAAAUAUACAGCAGUUCUGUAAAAACAGGACGCUUGCUCAUGUACAGUCACACACGUCUGCUGUCAUAUGCUUUCAGUGCUAUUGUAGGAUGGUAACUAUGAGGUUCCUGGUGUAAACUCAUCAGAUUUUGUUUUUAUGUUGUAUAAUAGUGUGGCUUUAAUAAAAAUCUAAAUAUAAGAUAAACAGUGACACGUGUU